AAAUCGAUGUUUCUUGUAUAUGUAGAAUACCUUUCAGGGUCGCGCAUCAGUUACACGGUUCGAAGAUUAUUUCCAACUUCAACUUGUGAUUCCUUUAUCAAAAUCUUCAUAUUCGCUUUCGAUUUCGCUCAAUAUGGCCAUACCCAUUCGAAAUGUGGCACUUCUUGGUGCUACUGGUGCUUUAGGGACUCAUAUUCGCAAUGCACUUACACAGGCAGGCUUCGUGGUAACUGCCAUUCAACGCAAGGAUUCUACCAACCCCGUUCCUUCAGGGGUCAAAAGCAUUAAGGUCGAGUUAUCCAACAAAGAUGAUUUGACGUCUGCUUUCAAAGGACAGGAUGCCGUAGUCAGCGCCGUCCCAAAUCCUGCUCUCGCAACGGAGAGUAUUAUGAUCGAUGCUGCCAUUGCGGCCGCUGUGAAACGGAUUAUCCCAUCAGAGUACAGCACCAACCUCGAUACCCCGCUAUCACGACAACUACCAAUAGUCAAAGAGAAGGUCAAAGUUCGCGAUUACUUGCAGUCUGCUAUUGCUAGUAACGGCACCUCCACAACCUGGACCUCCGUGAACAAUGGCCCGUUCUUCGAGAUGUGCCUAAAGGCAGGCGCAUUGGGUCCCAACAUCAAAGAUAAAAAAGCUGUCUUUCAUAAUGGCGGUAAUAACUUAGUUGGAACUUCGACACUCCCUGAUAUUGCUGCGGCAGUAGUCAAGAUUCUUGACCCUGCACACCUGGAUGAAACCGCGAACAAGCCGGUUUAUAUGUAUUCCGCCGCCAUUAGUGAGCGUCUUCUCACGAAGCUGGCAUCUGAGGUUACAGGUAUUGAUUUCGGUGAUGUGGAAAGCGGAAAGAUCCUGGAUCUUGACAUAGAUCAAAUGGUUGCCGAAGCCGAGGAGAAGCUAGCAAAGGGCGAUAGAUCUGGCUGGUUUAGUUACUACUACCAGAUGAUGUAUGGAAAGGGCUAUGGUGGUGAAGACUUCCAAAAGUUGUCUUGGAAUGAACGGCUGGGCCUAAGGACUAUGGAUGAGGCAGAUAUAAAGGAGCUGAUCCGGAGUACCGCCCAAGAACUCGGAGUACUAACGGGUUCGAAUGCCAGCUCCUAAUUUGGUCCUUGUUAGGUACUCGAUAGGUCCGAUAGGUCUAAUACUUAGGUAGACGUGCACAUGAAUUCAUUCGCGUUAAUUUGCAACCAUCAUGAUCUUUCAACUAUGUUCCAUUCAUAUGUCGAAGAGCGGAUAGGUUCUCGAGUUUGGGGGAUCGCAUGGUCAUAGGUGAGGAUCAAAUAACAAGGCCUUCUAUGCCACUAAAACUUCUCUGUGAACUACCAAUGCAAGUAUCCGUGG